CCGAUUUAAAAGCGAAACUGAAUUUCAAAACCAGGCAACAAUGGUGGACAACGGUUACAGACUCAUGACACUCCAAACCGAUAUAGCAACACCUGUAUUACGGGAUUUACUGGAUGACUGUGCUAAGAAGGACACGAGUACUGGAGAAACUUUUACAACAUUGCAACAGUAUCUCUUUUUGAAGGAACCUGAUAUUGGGCGACUUUUCCGUAAUGAAAAUUGGAAGUAUGACCAGAUUUAUCCAAGCGGAAAGCCAUCCUCUUCUUCGGCUGUUAGUGAUGAGGACAAUUUUGACGUAUCCAUGUUAACGUCAUUGCUGUUAGGGUUGUUCAGAAGAGUAAACAUGCCCAUUCUAUCAUCGUCCACGGCCAUUGAUGUGAGACACAUAAAGGAUGUUCGAAAUAGCAAGAUUGUUGCUCAUGGCUGUUCUACCCACAUAUUGACGCAGGAUUUCGAGAAUUCAUGGAAUAAAUUAGAGGAUGCCAUACUUUCGAUUGCUGGUUUAAUAGGGAACGCCACGUAUUUGGAUAAAGUUAGAACGAAAAUAAAUCAGGCACUUAUGAGCAAACUGCCUGGCAUGUGGAAUUCUUGCGCAAAAUGGUUUGCAAGUAUGGUCGAAGAACAGGUGGAUACAAUACAUCUUUUGAAAGCAGUGGUAGACGCUGGAACAGAAAUACAAAGACAUCCAUCUGGUAAAGAUCAAAAACGCUUCAAGACUGUCAACGAAAAACAUAAGACGUUGAAACAAAACUUUCAAAUUCUAAUGGCUAAUAGCUCGCACGACGACAUUGCACACGCUACGGCUAUUGCACAGAUAUGUCAAAAAUUGACCACAAACAAACGAGUCAUUGUCACUGGCGAAAGUGGUUCUCAGUAUGAAUCUGUAGCGUUGGCAGCAAUCAAAGAAAUGCCAGAUUACGACGAAGAUUUUUGUGUUGCAAUCAGUGACCCUCAAGAAUGGAAGGAUAUGGAAGAGGAACUCGUAAGAGUUGUUGUCUUUAAAAACCCGUUUGGAUCAGAAAAAUGUGAUGAAAUAGAAUGCAAUAGAAUGAUGCAGAUAUUUGGAAGACUCAUUGAAAAAUCGAAAAUACGAACAAUGCCGAUUCCGUUGACAACAGUUAUUUUGCCCCAGAAGUGUGUUCUCAAGAACGCUUCUGUUGUCUUUGGUCAAGAGUAUGAAUUUUUUGGGGUCAUAUGUGAGCCGUGUAGGACUGGGUCCGACGCUACUUGUCUUAAAGACGUUGAAGUUGAAAAAAGCCAUUUAGUACGAAAAAAAUAUGAACCUCAGAGCCAAACAAUGAAAAAUAUGCUAGUUCUUCUAUCUUCUAUACACGCACUCCGAAUAUCUACAUCGUUCUUCGACAACACUAUUGAAUACGACCCUAACUUAUUUAGAGGAAUUAAAAAUCAGGGUUGAAUUGUUGAAAAAAGAAUUUAUAUGUGGCACUUCUGAACCUUAAUUUGAGUAAAUGGGAUAUGAGUUACAAUUCUUUUUUUCAAAGAAAUCUGUUAUUGAACGUUUAAUUCAAAAAAGAAUCUCGUUAAUGAUUUAAGACUGUUCUAAUGAAAUACUCCAAUAUCAACUAACACCAGAUAUCUUGAUGUAUUUGAUGUUUUUGUCGUAUGUCUAUUUGGCUUCUUGACUCUCGUUUAGUUUCAAUAAUGCCUUUAACAUAUUUUUCUAAACAGGUCCUAAUUAAUAUCUGACUGCUCGGCGAGUCAUUGUAGUCUUGAUUAAAAAGUUUUAGGAUGAAUUUACUAGUUGUUUGUAUUUUUAGAUUUGUCUUCUGCGUAUUUAGAGGAGCUGCAAAACGUUGAAGUACAAGAUAAAACGAAAUAUGCGUUUGAAGAGCUCGAAAAGAAUGGUUGUUUGGUCGUAACGGGAAAAGAACCACCAAAUGUCUCUUCGUUUGUU